AUGAGUCAACUCGUUGCAAAAACAGGUUUACGAGCUCUGCUUGUCCGUGGUGGAGUGAACUGUAACAUGUUGGUGAGGUGUGUUUCCACCGUUACAAAGAAACCGAUGCUAGUUCAUAGCUUUGGCGAUUUCAGUAUCCGUUCUAAGUAUGUGCAAGUAACCUUGCUUGGGAGUUUCAACCUCAAGUAUAGGAGGGUAUGUUCUUCGUCGGAAAUGGAAAAGAAAGAUGAAAAGCCGAGGAUUGAUACGGUGAAGAAAGAUCAAAACGGCGGUGGAUCUGUGGCGGUUCCUAGUUAUUGGGGAAUAGAGACGGCCAAGAUGAAGAUUGCUCGCAAAGAUGGGUCCAAAUGGCCUUGGAACAGUUUUAUGCCAUGGGAGACGCAUCAAGCAGAUUUAUCUAUAGAUUUGAAGAAGCACUACGUUCCAAAAAAUGUAACCGACAAAAUCGCUUACGUGAUAGUCAAGCUCCUCCGUUUUCCCACCGACAUAUUCUUCCAGGCAUGUUUAUAUAGACGAUACGGAUGCAGAGCAAUGAUGCUAGAGACAGUAGCAGCAGUACCAGGAAUGGUGGGAGGAAUGCUCCUCCACCUAAAAUCAAUCCGAAGAUUCGAACACAGCGGAGGUUGGAUCAAAGCGUUACUAGAAGAAGCAGAGAACGAGAGGAUGCAUCUAAUGACAAUGAUGGAGUUGGUUCAACCCAAAUGGUACGAGCGUCUUCUCGUCAUACUCGUUCAAGGCGUUUUCUUCAGUUCUUUCUUCACUUGUUACGUGGUUUCGCCACGGCUGGCUCAUCGUAUCGUUGGAUAUUUGGAGGAAGAAUCUAUACACUCUUACACGGAGUUUCUUAAAGAUAUUGAUGAUGGGAAGAUUGAGAAUGUUAAGGCGCCGGCGAUUGCGAUUGAUUAUUGGAGGUUGCCGGAAGAUGCUACGUUGAGAGAUGUUGUCACUGUGAUUCGUGCUGAUGAAGCUCAUCAUCGAGAUGUUAACCAUUUUGCUUCCGACAUUCGUAGUCAAGGAAAGGAAUUGCGUGAAGCAGCUGCUCCAAUUGGUUAUCAUUAG